AUGAUAAAUGUAUUAUACAAGAAGCCUUUGAAAAUAACACGAAAACUGCAAGAAAGUAAAGGAAAUUUAGAAAAACUCUUCCAGUUAAAUACAGACGAAGAAAUUAAUACUGUAAACAAUAUUCAAACAGAAUCUAAAAGAUAUAAGAGACUCAUAACAUUCGAAAAUUCUGAAGGGAAAUUUUGUCCGUACAAAAAAAGGCGAAGAAUGCAAAUAAUAAAGAAAAAUCGGAAAAUAAAAAGUAUAUACGGACCAAGAUAUGAAAACGAAAUUGACAAUGAAGUUAACAAAGAUUAUAAUGACGAUAUUUAUAUUUUGAAACCAUCUGAUUAUCCAAAAACCUACUCGAUUAAAUCUAAAAGUAAUAACAGGAAAUGUGGUAGAAAUUCGGAAGGUGUCAGUGAAAAAAUAGUCGGUGGGACACGUGUAGCUUUAGGCGAAUACCCCUGGAUGGCGUUAAUUCAAUAUAUCGGAACUAAAGGGGUGACAAAUGGAUGUGGUGGUACUUUAAUAAAUUCAAAAUACGUUUUAACAGCCGCUCAUUGCGUAGACGAAGAUAUUCUACAAUUCCAAAGUUUACAAUUGUAUCGAAUUAUUUUGGGGGAAUAUGAUACAAAAACAGAUCCCGAUUGUACUGCUGGACCUAAUAGCGUUUGCGCAGAUGCAAUUAAAGUUUAUAAUGCCGCGCAAAUAAUCAAACAUUACAAUUUUGAUAAAACAAAUGGCUUAUUGAACGACAUAGCGUUGAUAAAAUUAGACAGGGAAGUUGAAUUUUCAGAUUAUAUUAAACCUAUUUGCCUUCCGAGAACGAACUUUGUUCUUAAUCAAAAUGGCAGAGAAACAGUUACUGUUGCUGGAUGGGGAACAAUUUUCACCAAAAAAGAUGUUUCUGCAAAAGAAAGUACUAGCAGGAUGUUGAACAAAGUGGAUCUUCCAGUUGUUGAUCAAGUUUAUUGUACGAAUCAAGGUGUUAUUUUGACACCGGGUCAACUAUGCGUAGGUCUGGGAAAAGGCAUGGAUUCCUGUCGGGGAGAUUCAGGAGGUCCGGCGAUGGUCCAAAUUGUUGAAGACUCAGAAAUCGUCUCUUACCAAAUAGGCAUCAUUUCCUACGGAUUUAGUCCUGACAGGGAAUUGUGUGGAAGUGUUUCGUCUGUUAAAACAUUCGUUCCUUAUUAUUUAAACUGGAUUUAUAAUCAAAUGUGA